AGGAGGAGGUAGUAGUAGGUGAGAGCAGUGAGACCGGCCGGCCGUGAGAAGGAAGACAGGUGACUGGUGGUGAAAGAGCUAGCAGCACCAGCAUGGUGGUGGGGAUCGUGAUUAGGCUGGUCGUCGCUUUCGUGCUUUUGGUACUAGUCUUCAGUUCGUCACUGCAUCGACAAGCAGGCGUUGGCGCUAUUCGGCUGCACGACAGAAGGCAGCACGCGCAGCAGUGGGCGGAGGAGAGGAACCAGCUGAGGUCGUACAUGACCAUGGACUACGCCCCAUGGCACCGCCGCGUGCCCAAGCACAACUGAUCUGAUUGAUCCACUGCACUGCCAGCAGUACUGCUCUUUUCGUCGGCAGCGCUAGCAAUCUGCAUCUGUGCGAAGCAUGGUGACACACAGGAGAAGAAGUUGAUAGUAGGUUUCAUUCUUUUUCGUCGUUGUUAGCUGUAUGUCAGUAUGUGUAUCUACGUACUACGUGUCGUCCACGCAGCUAGCGUGCAGAUAUAUGCACGCAAAUUUUGCCACCCCCACUGCACCCUGACCUACUAAUGAUGGUAUUGCUAGGAUAAAUAUAAUAUAUACGCAGUUAUAUAUA